AUGGAGUCAGACCUCUCACAAGCCUUCCAGGAAGAACUCAACUGCUUCAUCUGCAUGAGCUACCUUACAGACCCAGUCACCAUAAACUGUGGCCACAGCUUCUGUCGAGCCUGCCUCCACCUUUCCUGGGAAGACAGCCAGCUUCCUGUCCAAUGCCCUACGUGUAGGAAACCAUCCCAGCAGAAGGACUUUGGAACCAGCAUUGUUCUGAAGAAGCUGGUGUCCAUUGCCAGAAAAGCCAGCCUCAUGAAGUACCUGAGCUCUGAGGAGCAUCAGUGUGUGACCCACAAGGAGACCAAAAGGAUCUUCUGUAUGGAGACCAGGAUCUACCUCUGUCAGCUCUGCUCUGACUCCCAUGAGCACAAAGGUCACAAACACUGUCCCAUAGAAGCAGCUGCUGAGGAUCAAAUGGAGAGACUUCUACAGCAAAUGACAUCUUUAUGGGAGAAGAUCCAAGAAAAUCAAGAGAAUCUAGAGGAAGAAAGCAGAGUGAAAAGUUUGUUUUUAGACUACCUGAUUAUGAGGGAAGAAAUGAUCAGGAAAGUGUAUAGGAAAUGGCAUGCAGCCGUCUGUGAACAGGAAGAGGAACACAUUGAGUGCAUGAGCAAUGAAGGCAACCAUGUUUUAAUUAACCUUAAGGAAAAUGAAGCCAUGAUGAUCCAAAAGAACAAACAACUAAGGGAGAUGUAUCAGGAACUGAUGUCAAUGUCCCAGGAGCCAUAUGUGGUACUGCUGCAGGGUUUGGAAGACAUGUUCAGAAGGAGUGAGUCAAUGCAGUUGAGCAUUCCCCAGGGUUUGGAACCAGAACUCGCUGCCCUCCCCAUCACUGGACUCACUGAACGAUCCAACUGCUUCAAAGUGCACAUUUCCUUUGAAAAUCUAACUGUAUUCCAUUGCAAGAAGAAUCUGUUUAAUGUCAUGAGAAGAUUCAACUCCAGACAUCAGCAUCAGGAUACAUCUCUGGAUCCUGCUGGAAUCUAUUUGGCCUCAUGGGGCUCACAGUACUUCGUCUCAGGGAAAUAUUACUGGGAACUGGAUUUGAAGGACACAUGGGACUGGGCUGUAGGAGUUUGUACAAAUUCUUGGUUUAGGAAUUCAAACAAAGAGGUUGAAACUGAGGGUGCAUUCCUUCUUUUCUGUGUGAAGGAGGGUAAUCAUUCCAGUCUCCUCACCACUAACCCAGUAAUCCGUCACUAUAUAGAGAAGCCACUGGGCCAGGUUGGCGUGUUCCUUGAUUGUGAGGCUGGAUGUUUAAGCUUCCUGAAUAUUGCCAAGAGUUCCCUCAUAUACAGAUAUCCUAAUGGCACCUUCAGUCAUGCUGUUUGGCCUUUCUUCUCCAGUGGCGAAACAAAACCAUAG